AUGAUUGGACAGGCGCGUGUCGCGUACUUCGGCCGCGAUCUCAACCUCGAGUUCACCCCACCCUUCGAGAUCGUCCUUCGACAGUUCACACCACACCCACCAACGAUGGCGAGCGCGCGGGUAGUGGUCAACAGCGCGACAGACGCGACACUCGCCCUCGGCGGCCUCUUCAAAGGACUGGCCUUCUUCGUCCUCCGCAAGGUCCCGCAACGCACCCAGUUCGUGCAGAAGAUCCAGGCGAAUGGAGGGCGCGUCGUCCAGAUCGAAGCGCAAGCCGACCAUGUCAUCGCGGACCACUACCGGCAAGACUGUCCGCCUGGCAGCAUCUCCUACCAGUUCGUUGACAAAGCCCUCAAGGACGGCGAGCUCCCCGAUCCUGCAGCGCAUCCCGCUGGAGCACCUGUAGGCACUGUGCGCCCAGCUGGAUCUGGCCUAACUCGAAAGGGAACGCGCACAGAGUUUUCGGCGGAAGAUGAUCGAGUGCUAUGGCAGUGGGUGGAAGAUUGCAGAGCGCAGGGGGGGAAGGUGAAAGGGAACGAGAUCUACAAGCAGCUCGAAGCUGUCAACCCGCGACAUACGUUCCAAGCGUGGCGCGACCGAUAUAUCAAGAGGUUAAUGGACAACGCUCCAGCUGGAGCCAAUUUGACGGUGCCGGCCAAUCCACCUCCGAGUCCACCUGAUGCGCCGGAUCAGCAAGACGAGGUGGAAGCUCGACGGUCUACGGACCUUCAACCCACUGAAGUGCCAGAGGGUAACGCUGAUCCGGAAGAGUUGAUGCUGGACAUGGGCUCCGACAUUGAGAGAAUCGCCGAGGAUCAACAGGAAGAAGCUUGGAGCACGUGGGCUCAAACAAACCCCCAGUACUCGGCAGAGGAGUGGCGGCGCAUAUGGCACGAGAAGUUGAGGCCGAUAUACCUCCAGCGACAGAGAGAAGCAGGAUUGGAGCUGCAGCCGGAGGAUGAGAGUGACUCUAGUUCGUCGGAGAGUGAGGAUAAGGUUGUUGCGGUGGAAGAGGUGCGUGCCGAAAGUCGCCAGAAGCGCAAAGGCCCGCCGGCUUCAAUACAUGUUGCGCCGAAGAAACAGAGGAUUUCUCCGCAGCCAGACGAAGGGCGCGAGCAGAACAUGCCACAACAAGGGGCGGAUUUGGGAACUGCUGCGCCGGCAGAGGUCGGUGAGAUUAUCGAUAUGGAGGACAUUGCAGAGAACCAAGCUGUAAAGGAUGGAUCCCACUCGGCGAUACUGCGAGGUGAUGAAGAGGCUCUCCUGACGUCCGAUCUCAACAGAGGUGUCCAGGCACAGUUGAUUGAAGAGGCUCUUGAUCGCGCAGAUCCACCGCCUGCCAUAUAUAGCCGACCCCAGUCCAGACUACCAACGUCAGAUUUUAACCGCGAGGCAGAGCAGCAAUUGCGACGUGAGUCGGGAGAGCAGGAGGAUGAAGAUGUAGCAGCGGCGAACGAGGAUGAAGCGCCAGCAAACCUCGAAGCGGAAGGCAUACUGCACACUCCCGACGACACGGACGCCCGCACAAACGCUGCAGUUGAACCGAGCGCCCUGACGGAAGCCAAUCUCGCGAGCCAGCAAGCCGAGCACAGAGCGAAAGUUCCACGAGCUUCUGAUCUUCCCCCAGACGAGGACGACGUGCAGGUCGAUGAAGCUCAGGAGAACUUUGCCAACUACCUGCGCGACCUUCUGUCACCGCGUGCCAAGGCACCAGCAAACGACGCUGCAGAGCUUCCACAACAACAACAGACUAUGCCAGUGGGCGGCGAGGUGGAUCGGCCGGCGAAGAGGAGGCGAUUCGCGUCUGAGCUUGGAGAGGAGGACAAUGUUGGCGAGCUGCCUCUGUCAUCGGACGCUCAGAUUGAGGAUGCUAUGAAUGAUAUGAUUCGCUGGCCGGAGUCACCGGAGCGGUCGCAGCGCAACGGCACGAUUCAAGCGGACGCCUCUCAGUUCGAGACUCAAGUGGUUUACCCUUCUCUAGAGCCUCGCGAUACCAGGACGUGGACAUCCAGCUCACCAAGACGGACUAAUGAACCAAUAUACCCUCAGUUGCCGACAUUCCAUGCACAUCUGAAUGCCGACGAGCAGAAGGACGGAGAGGAUAUACCAACGUCUUCGCCACCAGGAGCUGGGCGCCUUGCUGACCGGGAUACUUACCACCUCAUGGACGGAAAACCCUGUAUGCGGCCGUCCCCGCAGGCCGACGAAUAUGAUAUGGAAGAUGAGGAUGAUGAACAACUCGAUCUCUCCCUUCCCAUGCCGGAAGGCGGCUGGGAUUCAUCGUCUCCCCCAGCACAAUCACAACCUGCUCAGCGAGCUCAAGCAACUCAGGAAAGAGAGUCGUCGGAACCAACACACCCCAGACAACGACAUCCUGCGAAAUACAUAUCUUCAGACUCCUCAAGCUCCGACCCAGACGAUCUCGCAGACUUCCAACCUCGCGUCUCCGGCCAACGCCACCACGCCCUCGAAACCCAAGACAUCCUCAACGCCGAGACCCAAAUGCCCGACCUCACCUUCCCGCUCCCACCCGACUCCGACCCGUCCUCCGACCCUUCCUCCGAGAACCUCCCCUCCGACCCCCUCAACCCCCCUUCAUCCCCUCCCACCGCCACAAACCCCGCAAGCCAGUCCAUCCUCCCCACCACCACCCAAAAGCCCGAAGACGAUGACACGGAAACCUUCAUCGCCAAAAUGGUCGUGCACGGCUACGCCGAAGCCGCCGUCAUCGCGGCGCUCAUGUGCACGUCGAUGCGCACGGAGUUCGCGGAGCUGGUGUUGCUGGAGCAGCGGGCGGGGAAGGGGUUUCCGCGGGAUGUGCCGGGGAUUUGGUCGGGGGAUGAUGAUGCGAUGAUUGAGAGCGGGAAUGGGAAUUGGAUUCGGGAUAUGGCGGAGAAGCAUGGGAUGGGGGAGGUGGAUGCGAGGUUGGAGUUUUUGGCGGGGUGGAGGGAUUUGGAGGCUGAGAAUGAGGAGGGGUGA